UUGGUAUAUAAAGCCUACCGCGGAAAACCCAGAGCAUCAUUCAGUUGUGAGUUUAUCAGUUCAUUCACAACCCCGCCGAGUCGAUUAUUUCGUAACAAAAAACAACGAUGAAGAGCUUCGCGGUUUUCCUUAUCGUCGGCGUCGCGAUGUCCGUCGCCAACCCGGUUGACGUCGAGUCUAUCGAGCCUGUGAAGACGACUAAGGUUGAGGAUGCUGUGGAGCCGGUAGAUGCGAGUGUCAGAGACAAACGCACCCUCCUCGUUGGCGCCGCUCCCUACGUGGCCCCGGUUGCUUAUUCGGCCUACGCAGCACCCGUGGCUUACACCGCCUAUUCAUCCCCCUACACGAGCUACCCUCUCGCCUAUUCAGCCUACAGUGCCUAUCCGUAUUACGCUUCGUCCUACUACGUCGUGUAGAGACUUUGGGACGCAGCGAGGUUACUCAUGGUGGUAGGAUAAGUGCAUGUAAUGAAAAUUUUAAGAGAAUGUAGUUGAAGAAACAAAAACGAAAAAAAAAAAAAAACAUAUUAUA